AAAUCAAAUCCCACACUCAUGACCCUGUGCCUGGUGCCCUGGGUGUGCUGGCUGACCUGCACUUUCCUGAAACAGCAGAUGGAGAAGAGGGGAGACCUCUCACUGACCUCUAAAACCACGACAGACCUCUGUCUGCACUACCUUUCCAAGAGUCUCCCAACUCAGCUCCUGGGAACCAAGCUCAGGGGCCUCUGCUCAUUAGCUGCUGAGGGGAUUUGGGGAAGGAGGAGUCUGUUCAGUGAAAGAGAUCUCUGGAAGCAGGGGUUAGAUGAGGCUGUCGUCACCACUUUCAUGAAGAUGGGUUUCCUUCAAAAGCAUCCCAGUCCUUGUAGCUACAGCUUUGCUCAUCUGUGUCUCCAAGAGUUCUUUGCAGCAAUGUCCUUUGUCUUGGGAAAUAAGGUGAGGAGUGAUUUUGAAAACUACAGAAUUGAGCAAGGAUGGAUAGAAGUGUUUGGAAGGCCUGACUUGUUUGAGACACCAACCAUGCACUUCUUAUUUGGCCUUUUGAAUAAACAGAGGGUGAAAAAGAUAGAGUUUUUCCCCUGCAGGAUGCCUUGGGAAAAGAGGGAGCUACUGUGGAAG